AUGGUCUAUGGCAGGAGUAUAGCAAUUGGCGUUGUAUUUUUGGCCAUUGUUUGUGCAUUGUCGGCAUUGAUUUUCUAUUUGAGUUUGGGUCCCUGUCCCAGUGGCACAUUUGCCUGCGACAAUGGCCGAUUCUGUGUGCCGCAACGACAAAUAUGUGACCAUCGUCGGGAUUGUAUCGAUGGCAGCGAUGAACAUCCCGUUGAGUGCGGCAUUCUCUAUGGCAGCAUACAAAUGACAGAUAAAAUUAUACAAAAGGCGAUUGAGAAACAUCGUCAGAAGCUGCAGCAGCAACAGCAAACUAUUGUGGGCAAUAAUGUGACGGUUGCGACGACGUCGUCAUCUUCAUCGACGGACACAGAAACCAUCCACAAGGAUUUGAAUGUAACAAAGGCCGCUGAAAGAGACAACAAACAACUAGAACAACAACAAAUGGCAAAAUACAACAAUUGUGAAAUAUCAACAUAUCCAAAAAAAUGUAUCUGUCGAAAAACAGCCCUAUAUUGUAGCUCCAAAGCAUCUCUAACAAGUAUACCCGAAAUAAGUGAAGAAGUCACAACUCUAAUAAUAGUAAACAACAAUCUAACCUUACAAAGAAGCGCAUUUGCUUCCAAUACAAAUUUAGAAAUAUUAACAUUGAAGUACAAUAAUAUACAAAUAUUACCGGUGCGGACAUUCGAAAAUCUCACCCAGCUAAAAAAACUGAAUAUACGUUACAAUAGUUUAAGUACAAUAACGGAAGAUGCAUUUCAUGGUCUCGAUAAACUCCAAUGGUUAUUUUUAAGUUCCAAUCGUCUGCGAACGUUACCCAUACACGAUUUAUCAACGAACUUACCGGCGUUGGAAUGGUUGGCCUUAAGUGAUAAUCUACUGACACUGGAUGGUGAAAUAUUUCCAACGAUGCCGGUACUCUAUGAAUUGGACUUAAAUGAAAAUCUCAUUACCCACAUCCAUCCAAAGGCAUUUUGGGGCUUAAGGAAUAUUCGCGAUAUAAGACUAAUCGGUAAUCCGCUAUUGCAUUUAAGUCCUGAGACAUUUGUGCAGAACAACUAUCUGGACGCCUUAUCUUUGGCCUACACACCGCUGAAAAUAGACGAAACUAUUUUACACGCGCUCAAUUUAUCCUAUCUAAAUUUAAAUGGUAUAAAAUUUGAAAGGAUCGAUUUCGAGACGAUACAAAAUAUGUUGAAUUUAAAAUAUAUUAUCUAUGAUCGGUUCUACUAUUGUUCAAUGACACCGAAUAUAAGACAAUGUAAGGCGAACAUAGAUGGUGUAUCGUCGUUCAAGGACCUGUUAAGUAAACCUGUGUUACGUUAUUCGGCCUGGAUUAUGGCUGUAAUUACGAUAACCGGUAAUAUUAUGGUGUUGUGGGGACGUUUUAUAUAUCGUGAUGAAAAUAAAGCUGUCACAAUGGUUAUACGGAAUUUGGCAUUGGCCGAUAUACUAAUGGGUUUCUAUUUGCUGAUAAUUGGUAUGCAGGAUCAUCGAUAUCGUAAUGUUUAUCAUAGGGUUGCUUUGGACUGGAUAUCAUCAUGGCACUGUGCUGCCGUGGGAGCUUUGGCUGUUAGCUCUUCCGAGGUUUCGAUGUUAAUAUUGGCCUUUAUGUCGUUGGAACGUUUCUUGCUUAUUGCCGAUCCAUUUCGUGGCCAUCACCACAUAAGUGUGAAAAACAUAUUCUUUGCCCUGUUAAGUAUUUGGGUAAUGGGUGUUGGUAUUGCAGUGGCUCCUCUCAUACUAUGGCACUCGAGUACAAAAUUUUAUGGCACCUAUUCGGGUACAUGUUUUCCAUUGCAUAUCCAGGAACCGUAUCCUCUGGGUUGGCAAUAUUCAGCUUUUAUGUUUCUCGGUGUAAACCUUUUUCUACUCAUAAUGAUUGGAUUUUUAUAUACCGCGCUAUUGGUUUCAAUAUGGCGUACGCGAAAGGCAACGCCUUUAUCCUUGCUGGAUUGUGAAUUUGCUGUACGAUUCUUUUUUAUUGUAUUAACGGAUGCGCUGUGUUGGGCACCCAUAAUUAUUGCCAAAAUAUGGGUAUUUUUUAAUUACAAUAUUUCUGAUGAUAUCUAUGCCUGGUUAGUGGUAUUCAUUUUACCCCUCAAUUCGGCUGUCAAUCCCCUCCUGUAUACGUUUACCACCCCAAAAUAUCGCAAUCAGGUAUUAAUGCGCGGUUGGAAGAAAAUAACUGCACGGCGUCGUCAUCAUCAGGAUCCAUCAAAUGGUUUGGCCACAACAAUUGCCACGGGUACGGGUUCGUCACAGCAACAGGAAGAAUCAAGCGGCAAGGCAAUUCCAUUGGCAUACAGUAAAUAA